AUGCAGCGCCACUUUUUUAUUUCCUGGUGGCCGUACACUUCAGAUUCUCACAGGACCAUGGAUUAUACCCACAUAUCCAAACAAAACGGAGGACUCUCAAAUGUCAGCAGACUUUUAUUGCUGCUAUUUCUGGCAGGCCUUCAGCCAGUACUGUGUACAGAUGGAGAGACCCAUGAACUGGAUGAUGACGAUAAGGAGGAAGUGAAAAUCACCUGUAAAAUCAUCGGUCCAGACUACGUGACUGUGGGUGUGCCGAGCAGCAUUGAGUGUGAUGCCAACUGCCCUGCGUGUACCUAUUCUAUGUCUCUGGAUGGACAGACCGCUCAGGGUCAGGGAAACUCGCUCGCCUUCACUGUUAACAGUUGGGUGGAGGCCUUAACGGUGGCGUGUACGGCCACAGAUGACGAAACAGGGGUGACUGCCAAGGCAACAAAACAACUGCAAGUGUUAGUGGGACCGACCAAUGUUUCCAUCACAGGCCCUGAUCUGAUGAAUCCAUCAGUGAGCCACACCUACAGCUGCCACGCCUACUGUCGGCCAUCUUGUACCUACGCCUGGAGGACAGAUCAAGGCCCGUGGAUAGGUGGUCAGGGGAAUGUUAUUUCCAUCACCCCUCAGGAGAUGGACAACUCCAAAAUGCUCAUCUGCAAAGCCACAAACAGUGUGUCGGGGCUGUUUGCUGCUGCUACUCGAAACAUAGCUGUGACAUCUGGUCCAUCAGAGAUUCAGAUCAAAGGCCCUGAUGUAAUAGAAAUUGCAGAAAAGUACAAGUUUGAGUGUUCGGCCAAAUGUCUGCCCUCUUGUCGGUACUUGUCGUCUGUGGACACUAAGACUGUGAGGGGCAACAUGAUCGAGUUAAUGGUGGAGCAUCCGCUUAAAUCUGUCACUCUCAAGUGUGAGGCACAAAACACAGCUUCAAGGAAGACAGCCACAGCCUCGAAGACUGUACAAAUUAAAGGGUCAGAUCGCAACCUAUCCACUCGUCCUGAGGAGACUUCAGCCGUGCUUCUGCUGACCGUCAUCAUUUCUGCUGCCUUCACACUGAUAUGAUCCCACCUGUAUAAAGUCUCUUUGUCUCUGUCUUUCAGAUCUUUCUUUCAGUGAGUGAAUUUGUGAUGAAGAAAGUUGUGGAGAAUUAAUGACUCAUGUAUCGACUAUCUCACGCUGCAUACUUUUCUUUUCCAUCUGUGUGGCAUGUUGACCGUAGGCUGAACCCUGUUUGCCCUUUUUUUAAUAAGAAGCAUGGAAAAGCACUUAAAUAUCAAAGUGGGCACAUGUUACGUCAGAAUUUACUGACUUGUGACGAUUCUUUUACUCUGGUACAUUCGAAAUGUUGUUGAAAUGCCUAUAAAUAAAUGCACUGAUGACUUU